CCUCGCCGGCCUCAGCCAAUGAGGGCGUGCGGGGCGACGUUCAGUGACGUGCACGCUACGUACGCUUUAUUAAGCGUCUUCCCGCGCGAUCUCCUCCUCAGUCGCUCUGCUCUUUGGCGGUAACUGUCCUUUCGGCCCUUUUACUGAACUUCCAGGACUCGAAUUCAUUGCCAUGUCCUCUGAAGAAGGGAAGCUCUUCGUUGGAGGGCUCAACUUCAACACCGACGAGCAGGCUCUGGAAGAUCACUUCAGCAGCUUUGGGCCAAUUUCCGAGGUGGUCGUUGUCAAGGACCGGGAGACUCAGCGAUCCCGGGGUUUUGGCUUCAUUACCUUCACCAAUCCAGAGCAUGCUUCAGAUGCCAUGAGAGCCAUGAAUGGAGAGUCUCUGGAUGGUCGCCAGAUCCGUGUGGACCAUGCUGGCAAGUCUGCCCGGGGCAGAGGUGGUGGCUUUGGAGCUCAUGGGCGUGGUCGCAGCUACUCUAGAGGUGGUGGAGACCAGGGCUAUGGGAGUGGCAGGUAUGACAGUCGGCCUGGAGGAUAUGGCUAUGGAUAUGGAAGAUCCAGAGACUACGGUGGCAGAAGCCAGGGUGGUUAUGACCGCUACUCAGGAGGAAAUUACAGAGACAAUUAUGACAACUGAGAUGAGGCAUACCACACCUAAUGUAGAUACACAAAACACAAGGAAUAAAACUUCUGAUCCAGGAUCGUCCUUCCAAAUGGCUGUAUUUAUAAAGAGUUUUGGAGCUGCACUGAAACAACUGUUUUAGUAUGUCAACUUCUAUUUUUGAAUUGAGCUCCCAAGGUAGCUUGUUAAAGACCUUUUAGAAAGCUCCAUGUGUUUUUAUUUUUUUCUCUCCCAUUUAAAGACAAAUUCUGGAACAUUUAGAGAGUCUGGAAUUUUCCCUUUUACCCGUUUUUUGUUUUAAGUCUGAGCUCUCAGGAGUGGUCCUGGCCAAAAAUUGAAAAUUUUGGCCAGACUGUCUCCCCCUCCCCCAGAAAUAAUGUGCAUCUAAGAGACAUUUUUUAAAACUUGUAUACAGUGUUUAUCAUGGUUAAAAAGCAAUUUCCAGAUAUAAUUGCAAUAAAUCAAGAACCUGGUUACUUGGAUUUUUUUUUUUUUUACUGAAGAUCACUGCCCUGAUUAUAUAGAAGUUUCUUAAAAUAAUUAUGAAUGUCAUUUUUUUAAUACUGGAAGAAAAAUAUUCUGUUGUGUUUCAUGUAGUGUUUAGGAUGUCUUUCAUGGAGCUGAUUAAAAAAAUGAUACCUAAAAAAUUGA